GUAUGUGUGUGUGUGUGUGUUUGUGUGUGUGUGUGUGUGUGCUCCUACACCAGUGGAAUAGCUCAGAACAGGAGUGCGCUGCAGCAGCUGGGCAUCACACACAUCCUGAACGCGGCUCACUCUAAGCGCGGCAGCAUCGGGGACCAGCAGUACUACGGUAGCAGCUUCGUGUACUGCGGUAUUCCUGCAGACGACAACACACACUUCGACCUGGACGUCUACUUCAAACCAGCGGCAGAUUUCAUUCACAGAGCGCUCCACAGUCCAGACGGGAAGGUUCUGGUGCACUGCAUCAUGGGAAUGAGCCGCUCGUCGACGCUGGUUCUGGCGUAUCUGAUGCUGUACCACGACAUGCCGCUGCACACCGCCAUACGCCGCAUCAUCAGGAAGAGGGCCAUCUAUCCCAACAGGAACUUCCUGGCUCUGCUGCUGGACCUGGACCUGCAGAGGAAGAGGAAACACAGGCUGUGUGUGCUGCUCUGAACACACACACACUGAGGGUCCACACCACCACGCCCAGCAGACCACAGCCAAUGAGGAAACAAAUGCAAUUAUGCGGACCAAUGAAAUGUGACUGUGGGUGGAGCUAUAUGAGCAAGCAUAUUUUACCAGAGAACUUUCUUCAUUUAAACACACACACACACACACACACACACACAGACAGACAGACAGAGAGCAGCGCAUGAUGAGAACACAACAGCAGAGUAAUAUCAGGACCAAACCGUCUCCCUCAGGACCAUCAUCUGCUUCUGAAGAAGGUCUUUACAGGACUGCAUUUAACACAGCCCAAAACUGUGAAUGUUGACAAAUAUAUAUAUAUACAGCUGAAGUCAGAAUUAUUCACCCCCUUUGAAUUUUCUUUUCUUUUUUGAAUAUUU